ACUCACAUCUCCCACACCAUGGCUCGACUCAGCUCCGGCUACUUGAUCCCAGAGAUUGGCCUUGGCGUCUACCUGGCCAACGGCAACGAAGCAUACCAGGCGGUCCUGACGGCCCUCAAGCAUGGAUAUCGCCACAUCGACACCGCCUCGUUCUAUCGCAACGAAGCCGAAGUCGGCAGGGCCAUCCACGACUCUGGUCUGCCUCGCGAAGAUGUCUUCAUCACAACCAAGGUCUGGAACAGCGAUCAGGGCUACGAAAACACCCUCGCGGCAUGCGAGUCGUCGCUCAACAAGCUCGGCACAACCUUUAUCGAUCUCUACCUGAUCCAUGCGCCGGUGCCAGAGACCCGCAAGGAGACCUAUCGAGCCCUCGAAAAGCUGGUCGAGGAACGCAAGGUACGCUCGAUCGGCAUCUCCAACUACAACAUCCACCACAUCGAGGAGCUCAAGACCUACGCCAAGAUCAUGCCAGCCGUCAAUCAGAUCGAGCUAUCGCCCUACCUCCAGCGCCGCAGUUUGGUGCAGUACUGUCAGGACAACGGAAUCGUCCUCGAGGCGUACUCGCCCUUGACUCGUGGAGAGAAGUUGAACGACCCUCCUCUGGUUCGCAUCGCGCAGCAACACGGCAAGACGACCGCUCAGGUCCUGAUCAAGUGGUGUCUCAAGAAGGGAUAUGUGACCCUGCCCAAGUCCGUCAACGAGUCGCGCAUCAUCCAGAAUUUCACCGUAAACGAUUUUGACUUGAGCGCAGAGGACAUGAAUGUCCUCGAUGGUCUCGAGUGCGGACUGAUGGUUGCAUGGAAUCCCCUCGAAUGGGAGUGAUUGCUGCGAGUGCUCUGGCCUGCUGUGCUCCGGGCAAGGUGACCAUGCGGCACUUCGUGAAAGCUGCUUGUGCUUGGGAGCCGAAUAUAUGGGGUGGUGUGGCCUACAGCGCAUCCAAAAUGAAAUGCGGUAUCCCGUUGGGUCAGUGCUGUCCUUUCUUUCUGGAUCCUGAAUACGCCCCUUCCACUAUCCACCAUGACCAAACAGCGUGUCCAAGGAGACUGGCGGUGCGGUUGCCUCUGGGGAUGUCUCGUGGAUACAAGGAAAGGAAGACGCAUCCAGCCCAUGGAGACUCGGACUUGCCAGGCAUUUCGAGC